GCAGUAGAUGUUUGACAUUCGAACAGUGAAGACUGUUAUAAAAGUAUUACCGAAAACAGUGUUUAAUUACGAAAGUGCAGAGACUGGGGUUCUGUCUUUCCUUUCCAAGUACCCCAAUUAUGAUGGAAGGGGUGUUGUCAUAGCAAUAUUGGACUCUGGAAUCGACCCUGGUGCCCCUGGACUACAAAAAACAUCAGAUGGCAAAACAAAAAUUGUGGAACGCUUUGACUGCAGUGGGUGUGGUGAUGUUAAUACCACAAAUAUUGUGACUUCAAUUGAGGGUGUUAUUACUACCCUUACUGGUAAAAAACUGAAGAUACCAUCUUCUUGGAAUAAUCCUGAUAAUACCUACAGGAUAGGAGUAAAACAUGCCUUUGAUUUAUAUCCAGAUAGAUUGAAGGAGCGCAUGAAAUCAGAGUACAAAAAGAAAUCAUGGGAUGAAUCACAUAGAUUAAAAAUUAGUGAAGCAACUAGGGAUAUAGCAGAAUUUGAAAUUAAACUAAAUAAUGCAAAUUUGAAAGAUACUGAGAAACUAGAAAAAGAAAAUUUAGAGGCAAAGUUAGAUAUUCUGAAUAAUUUAGAAAAGAAGUAUAAUGAUGUAGGCCCUGUUUAUGACUGUAUUUUAUUUCAUGAUGGACAAAAAUGGGUGUGCUGUGUAGAUACCACUGAAGAUGGUGACUUGACAAAGUGUCCUCUGCUAGGAGAAUACAGUGUCACACAUGAAUAUGCACCACUAACUGACCUAGACCAGCUCAAUUUCAGUAUAAAUGUUCAUGAUAAUGGCAAUGUAUUAGAAUUAGUUGGAGUUUGCUCAAGUCAUGGUACACAUGUGGCCUCCAUAGCCUGUGGAUACUUUCCUGAUUCUCCUGAACAAAAUGGUGUAGCUCCAGGAGCUCAAAUUAUUUCUUUAACCAUAGGAGAUGGCAGGUUGGGUUCCAUGGAAACUGGUACAGCACUUAUUAGAGCAAUGAUUAAGAUAACAGAAUUGAAGAAAACCAUGGAUGUACAUGUCAUAAACAUGAGCUAUGGAGAAUUUGCACAUUGGGUAGAUGCAGGGAGAGUGGGCGAUUUGGUAAAUGAAAUUGUGAAUAGAUAUGGUGUAAUCUGGGUUUCUUCAGCAGGAAACAAUGGUCCAGCUUUGGGAACAAUCAGUACCCCUUCUGACUCAAUUAAUGAACCAAUUAUCAGUAUAGGAGCUUAUGUGUCACCAGAAAUGAUGUUAGCAGAAUAUGCUAUGAGACAAAAAUUACCAGGGUCGCCUUACACAUGGUCUUCCAGAGGCCCCACAAUAGACGGUGGUGUGGGGGUACACGUUUGUGCUCCAGGCGGUGCAAUAACGUCAGUACCGAACUUCACAUUGCGAUACUCGCAACUAAUGAACGGUACUUCUAUGGCUUCUCCUCAUGCAGCUGGUGUUGUGUGUGUACUCAUCUCAGGUCUGAAACAGCAAAAUCUACCGUACUCCCCUUAUAAUGUUCGCAGAGCACUUGAGAACACAGCUACAUUCUUAGAAGGGGUGGAAAUUCCAGCACAGGGAAGUGGUUUGAUUCAAACGGAAAAAGCUUUUGAAUACUUAACGACUUACCACGACGCUGAAGAGAGAGAUGUUAGGUUUCAAAUUCAGUGCGGUUCUUCAAAUUCCAAAGGCAUAUACAUCCGCUCAAAGCAAUACACCACAUCGCAUAUAUUCAAAGUGUCAAUUGAACCACAUUUCCUCGAUAGCGAUAAUGUCCCUGCCGAUAAAAAGAUUUACUACAACCAAAAAUUCGUCCUGACUUGUGUGGCAGAUUACAUAAGCUACCCCAUGCAUUUAGACCUUUCAAACUUGGCGAGAAUGUUUGCUGUUACAAUCGACACGUCUACUCUUGUAGAAGGUCUAUACUCCACCUUUAUAAAUGGUUAUGAUGUUAAAUGCAUUGAAAAGGGACCAGUCUUUAAGAUACCUGUAACUAUCGUUCAACCAAAAGCAAUAGUAGAACCUAAGCAUACAGUGUUUUAUCGUGACGUCAACUUCAAGCCAAAUACAAUUAAAAGACAUUACUACACUGUUCCGAAUAUGGCCACUUGGGCUCUUCUAAGGCUGACAUCGGAUGAAAGCAAUGGUCGAUUUGUGAUUCACACUCUUCAAGUAGUGCCCAGGCAACACUGCACAGCACUGGAACUAAACAAGACUGUUCCCAUAACCAACUCCUCUGACUUGAUCUUAUGUUUCCCAGUAGAAGGAGAUUUAGUACUAGAAUUGGUAAUCGCGAAGUAUUGGGCUAACUUGGGGGAAGCGAAUCUGAAUUACUCCAUUUCAUUUCAUGGAGUCAAGCCUAAUUUGCCAUCUAUAACCAUGCAUGCUGCUAAUGGUAUACAGAGUGUUGCAGUUAAAACACUUCAAGGAGAAGAAAUAUCUCCAUCUAUAAACUUGAAGUAUUCCGUCCAGAUAUUGAAGCCAUCUGAGGGAAAAAUUGCGCCACUGACGUUGCGAGACAUAAUUCCUCCCAGUAGGCAAAUUUAUGAGUUAGUUCUAGUAUAUAAUUUUAGUUUAACAAAACCUUGUGAGGUGUCUCCUAAUCUAGCUUUACUAAGCGACAUGCUGUAUGAGUCUGAAUAUGAAUCCCAAUUUUGGAUGUUAUAUGAUACAAAUAAGCAAUUGAUGGGCUGUGGUGAUGCUUAUGCAUCAAAGUAUUCUAAAAAGCUAGAAAAGGGAGAUUAUUCCAUUAGGCUACAAGUGAGACACGACAAAAAGGACUAUCUUGAAAAAGUCAAUGAGGCACCUCUCCUCUUGUAUCAAAAACUGAAUAACAGUAUUACGCUGGACGUUUACUUGUCCUACUCACAAGCACUUGUGGCUGGAAAAAAAGCCGGAGUUACUUAUAAUUCCAAUCCUCAUGUGCCAAUACCGCUGUACAUUGGAACUUUGGCGCCUGACAAAUUUUCUCCUAAAUCUAAUAACCCUGCGCAUUAUUUGUCUGGAACGAUCACUUACACUAGAGACGAAAAUGGGAAAAAAGCUGACGUUUAUGAAAUUAAAUACUUCUUGACUGAUAAUAUCACAAAAAAAUCACCCCUAUUGAAUGGUCCCAACUCUGAUAAAACUAAGCUGGAUGAAUAUAAUGAAGCUAUUAGAGACCUUAGAACACAAUGGUUACCGAGACUAGAUCUCCCAACUGCUGAAACUAUCUAUGAAGAUCUCACAAAGCAAUACCCAGAGCAUCUAUUAGUCCAUUCAGCAUAUUUGCAGCUUAUCGAUCCUCUCGAUAAGCGCGUUUUACCUAGCAUCAAAAAACAGACAUACCCAGUAGAUGACAUGAACAAAGUUAUAGCGAUAUGCAAUAAGGUCAUCGAAGGCAUAAACGAAGAAUCUGUUUUGGCUUUCAUUGCAACAAAGACUGAUUUGAGACAAGAUGCUGCCAAAAUUAAGAGUACUAUGGAACAACAAAAAAAUAUGUAUCUGGAAUGUUUGUCUAGGAAAGGUGUAGCUCUUUGUCGUAUUAGCGUCUCUGCAGAGGAAAAUGUAUCUGAAGAAAUACAGUCUGUAUGGAAAUCUUUAGUAAAAUUUGUUGAUCCCACAGAUGCCAAGGUACUGACUAAUCAUGUAUUGUACUUUUCAAUCUGGCAUGCAUACGUUAAUAAUCAAUUCGGAAGGUUAUUGAAAUAUUUACUGAAAAUGCAAGAAGAUAAACCAAAUGAAGAUGUUGAAAAGAAGAUAAUUGAGUAUUGUAGAGAGCUGAAAUGGGAUCAUGUAGCUCAAUACUUACAAAGAUCUUUGCCUUCAAAGUUCCCUACUGCAUACAAACCAUUUUGAAAUUUUACAGCCAGUUAUCAAAAUAUUAGCGAAAAGUGAAAUAAUCAAAUCAAUUUUUUGUACGGGUAUCUAAUGUACCUACCUACUAAAUGAUUUCUUGUAUUUAUCUCCCUCAUUCUUAUUCACCUUUAUUUAUUUCAAUAAAUUGUUUCAAUACUUAUUUUUUGGAAAGUAUUUAUUUAAUUAAUAUAUUUUAGAGAAUGUG